UUUUAUACUUUUUCUACCUGAAAUGAAAUCUCCCGCAGUUCAAGGAUCUUCUUCUCGUUUUUAUCUCUGAUUCUCCAACUUCUAACUGUCACAAAUCUUUUAUUUCAAUUCUUUACCCUCUUUUCUCUCCAAUUUUCUUCAUCUUUAACCAAACAUGGACUCUUCUUCUAAUCUCAAUUUCCCAUUCACAAUUUCAUAUACACCCACUAAGUUAAAUCCUCAAUUCUGUCUCAAAAAACCAAUCUUUUUCACUUUUCUGAAGUACCCAUCUUCUUUCUUGACGAUUUCAUCGACACCCACCAAGCCAAAUCCUCAAUUUUGUAGUAAAAAUCCAAUCUUUUUCACUUCUAUGCAAUGUUUAAGAAAUAAAAGACCUGGGCUGUCAUCAGCUUCUUGCUUGAUUAUGGAAGAAGCGCCAUUGGAGGAGAGGUUAAGUGUUGUUGACAAAGUUCAUAGUUUAUCUUUGGAAUUUAGGUCCUUAUCAGAACCAAUUGAUAGAGUGAAAAGAUUAUUACACUAUGCAAGUAUUCUCUCUCCAUUAUGUGAGUCAGUUAGGGUUCAGGAAAAUCGAGUUUUGGGUUGUACAACACAGGUGUGGUUAGAGGCGAGGAUGGAUAAUAGGGGUUCUAUGAAGUUUAGUGUAGAUAGUGAUUCAGAAAUUACUAAAGGGUUUUGCUCUUGCUUGAUGUGGGUGCUUGAUGGGGCAGAACCAGAGGAAAUUCUAAGUGUUACAGCAGAGGAUUUGGGAGAUAUGAAUGUGGGGUUGCCUAAAAAAGGUCGUUCAAGAGUUAAUACUUGGCAUAAUGUGUUGUUCAGUAUGCAGAAUAGGACUAAAGAUUGUGUUCAAGAGAGGAAGAGAGCUUUGUCUUUGGAAGAUCUUCAUUCUUUAGUCAUUAGACCUCAUGAACAUGUUGCUGGGCCUAGUGCCAAUGGAAGUUACUUGGAAUCUGAGCCUAAGUGCAGUUUCGAAGUCCAAUGAUUCUCAGCCAAGCUUUGUUCCAUUGUUAGAUGAAUCUGCUUAAGUUUCACCAUCUUCUUCUUUUGUUACUGAUAAGGCUUUUGUUCUCCACUUUGCACCCGAGGCAACUUCCUUCUCAUUCUUUAUCCUUGCUUUUCACAGACCUUACAACUAACACGCCAUUCUAAAUACGAUUCUACGUACAUGUUGCAUAGAAUUGAAUUCACUGGGGCAAUAAAGCAGAUGAUUGUUGAUAUAAUUUUUGUACUGAGUUGCCUCUUUCAAGGCAUUCAUUGAAGAUGAGCCAUGGACUUCUCCCUGUGGCAUAAGUUGUUGAUGUAAUCUCUGUUGUAUUUUGUAGCAACCUACUA